AUGGCCAUCCUCUUACCAUCUUCACCGUUCCCUGUCUAUCAACUUCUGGUUCUUCUUUUCAUUUUUACCACUUGUAUUGCUGCUCCAGUUACUCCUGAUGACGAAGAGCAAUCUUAUAUUGUUUACAUGGGAGAUCUUCCAAAGUUCAAAUAUAAUGGAUCGCCAACACAAAACCCUGUACUUCAAUCGCAACUCCGUCUCCUCUCAUCAGUCAAGGGAGCUGGUGAUAGUCUUAAAGCUAGGGAGUCAAUGCUCUACAGCUAUUCAAACAGCUUCAAUGGUUUUGCAGCGAGGCUUACUAAAAAUGAAGCCCAGGCACUGAUGGAAAAUAAGCAUGUGGUGUCGGUUUUCCCAAAUCGGUAUCGUAAGCUUCAAACAACAAGAUCAUGGGACUUCAUCGACUUUCCUAUAAAUACUCAAAGAAAUCUCCAAGUCGAGAGUGACGUUAUCGUUGGUGUUCUUGAUUCAGGAAUCAACCCAGAUGCAGACAGUUUUAAGGAUACUAAUUUUGGCCCUAUACCCGCAAAAUGGAAGGGAAGUUGCAAACAAUAUGCUAAUUUCACUGGAUGUAACAGGAAACUUGUAGGAGCAACGUACAUCAAGACGGAUUGGUGGGUUGAUCGAGAAGAUAUACUUUCACCGGUGGACGUGAACGGUCACGGGACUCACACGGCAUCAACGGUGGCAGGUAACUUGGUGGAGGGUGCGAACCUAUACGGCCUGGGGAAAGGAACAGCUCGUGGGGCGGUGCCAUCAGCAAGGAUUGCAGCGUACAAGGUUUGUUGGGCGAGCAGAGGAUGCUCGGACUCGGACGUAUUAGCGGGAUUCGAUCAGGCCAUUGCAGACGGGGUUGAUAUUAUAUCGAUUUCUAUUGGGGGAGGUCCAGGUGGAGAUUAUAUACAAGAUGGACUAGCAAUCGGUGCAUUUCAUGCCAUGAAGAAGGGUAUUAUUACGGUUGCAGCCGGCGGAAACGGUGGACCUAAGCUUUCUACUGUUUCGAACCCUGCUCCUUGGAUUUUGACCGUUGCUGCUAGCACCAUUGAUAGAGGAUUUAUAAGCAAAAUUCAACUGGGAAAUGGACAACUUUAUACUGGAGUUGGAAUAAAUGCAUUUCAGCCGGAUCAGAACUCAUACCCCCUUGUUAACGCAAUCGAUACUGUUCGCGUUCCAGAAUAUAGGGAAAUUGCAAUGAAUUGUGACUAUUUUGGGCUGGACAAGGAGAAGGUGAAGGGAAAAAUUGUUAUGUGCAAAGAUCAUUAUGCUGUUGAUUAUGAUAUUAACUACUUGGGAGGAGCUGGUACUAUUCUGGAGACCGACCAUAUUGAUAGAGCCAAAACUUACAUGAUCCCCGCAACCGCCGUCGAGAAUUCCACUUUUCAACUUAUCCAAAAUUACAUCAAUUCCAACAAAUCUGCCACAGCGGUUAUCCACAGAACAGAGGAAGUAAAAAUCCAAGCUCCACAUGUUGCUUCAUUCUCAUCCAGAGGGCCAAAUCCAAUAUCACGCCGCCUUCUUAAGCCCGACAUUACUGCACCUGGUGCUGACAUCUUGGCGGCUUACACCCCCCUCGCGACACUAACUGGCUUAGAAGGUGACACCCAGUACGCAAAAUACACCAUCAUGUCCGGCACUUCAAUGGCUACACCCCACGUUGCCGGUAUCGCCGCCUACAUCAAGUCUUUCCACCCAGAUUGGAGUCCUGCUGCUAUCAAAUCUGCUAUCAUGACCACAGCAACACCACUAAACAGGACAGCACACAAAGAGGGCGAACUAGCUUAUGGCGCUGGCCAAGUCAACCCAACAAGAGCUAUCAACCCCGGUUUAAUCUACGACAUGGAUUAUAUUAUCUACAUCGAGUUCUUAUGCCGUGAAGGCUAUGAAGAAUCCAUCAUUCACAGAAUUACCAAUGUAGAGACAGUAAAUUGCUCGAACCUCAUCUAUGACAACAACCACGAUGCUCUCAACUACCCUACAUUUCAACUCGUUGUCAACCCCAGCCAAGCCCCCCAGUUCGCCAUUUUUCAGCGGGCGGUCAUCAACGUCGGCCCUGCUACAUCUGUCUACAACGCCACCAUCCUGGCGCCGCCCGGGGUUGAGAUCGUGGUUGAGCCGCCUAGUUUGUCCUUCACUUGGGUGAAACAACAGAUGAUAUACACGCUUAAGGUUACAGUAACGAAGGCGGUGAGGGGAGAGGUGUUAUCCGGUGAGCUUGUUUGGGUAAGCCCCGAUCAUUCUGUGAGGAGUCCAAUUGUUGUUCUCACCUCUCCCUGA